AUUUGGUGGAGGGGAGGAAGAAGACAACAAUAAGAAGAAGAAGAUUAUUGUUAGUUUACGAGGAACGAAGAAUCUAGUUGACACAUAUACUGAUUUAAAAAUUGAUAUGAUUGGUUAUUCUAACUUGGGUAAAGAAUUGCCAUUUUGCGGCCAUAAAUGUCGAGUUCACAAGGGGUUCCAUGAUUAUUACUCGAGAACAUUGUCUAUUAUACAUCAGUAUAUAGCCGAAGAGAUAGAUGAUGACGAUUAUGAGUUGAUAAUUUUGGGUCAUUCUCUAGGAGGCAGUGUUGCAUUACUUCUAGGAUUACAUUAUCUUGAUUUGGGAUGUAAGAACUUACAGGUUAUUACUAUGGGCCAGCCGUUAUUAGGGAAUGAGCCAUUUGUUGACUGGGUGGAUCAAGUAAUGGGUAGUGCAUAUCCUGCACAAGAUAAUUCCAGAAAGUACUUACGCGUGGUACAUAAGAAAGAUAUUGUAACCGUGGUUCCAUCAACCAGUAUUACCGAAUCUUAUACCCAGUUCAACAACUUGAUUUACGUCAAUUGUUCCUCAUCAGACACCCAUCCUACACCACAACAAGUUGUUGAUUGUAUAUUUGGAAAUAAUCCUGAAUGUAUUGUUGGUGAUUUUGACAUUUUUGAUAAUCCAUUAUCAAGACAUUACUAUUUACAAACCCAUAUUACAUAUUUUAGAAAAAUGGGAUUUUGCGGAAGACUUCCUAGCUGAACCCAAAUUUGGGUUGAUCGUCAUCGUCAUCAGACUCCUCUUGUUCCACAUAGCUAUUUGUUUGUGGCUGAGUUAUACUAGAUUCAUAAUCUUCGUCCGGCACAAACAAUUGCUCUUCCUCGGGUGCAAAACCCUUGACGUCAUUCAUUAAUCCAUUGAAAUCAGAACCUAUAGUAACUGGUUUACUGAAGGAGAUAUUGUUAUCAAUUACAAUUGUGUUCAUGGGAACAUAAGAUCGGAGAAAUUUAGAUUUCAAUGGAAUGUUCUUUUUAAAUUUUUUCUGGUUUCUAGGGUUAUCAGCUGUAGGUGCUGCUGGUUUGGGAAUGGUUCUUUUUGGUAUACUGACAACUUCCACAAUUGCCAAAUUAGACAAGUUCAAGUCUGCUUCAAGGUCAUGAUCUUGUGAUAUACCAAAUUCCUGAUUUAUUGAAUCGGUCAACUGCUGCUUUGUUUGUUUUAUAGCGUCUACAAAUGAUAUUUUGGGCAUGAACUUUCCGAUUUUAUGAGGAUGUUCUGGUUUUAUUUCAAUUGAUGGUUUUCUCUUAAGUGUUUUUGUAGGUGUAGUUGAUUCUUCUUUUGGAAUAGAGUCCAUUUCAUUGAUGGAACUGGCGAGUUCUUUUGAUUCCGGAAGUUCAUUUGUAGUUUCUUUGACUUGUGAAUCUUUAUGUUCUUCAACCAGAGGUAUCUCUUCCACUUUUAAUGCAAUUGGUUUAAUCUCUUCCACGAGAAGUGCAGGUGUAAUCUCCUGUUCUUGAGAUGUUGCAACUUGAGAUGUUGGCACAGAUUCAGCUAAGGAAAAAAAAUGCAAUUUAUCUACUUUUUCGUACUUUCUCCGCUUUCUGAUAGAUGAUGAUGAUGAUGAUGAUGAUGCAGAUAUAGGUCGUUUCAAUUGAGAUAAUUUGUUUAACUUGAGGGUAUCUAAUGAGCAUGAUAAGAUUGCUUGCCAUAACUUUUCAAUUGUUUCUGUUUCUAAACCAGGUGAAGUAGUUCCUAUCAAGAUAAAUUGUUGUUCAGUGCUUACAUCUUUCCUGAUUUGAUUUGUAAGGUCGGCAUCUGCAAUGAUUAUGUUAUCCAACCACGGUAUAUCCUCAUUCGAAAAGAUUUUGAUAUCAUCAAGCAUAUGUUUUCUAUCGGGACUAGGCGCAUACUCAGGAAUGAUAAAGCUAUUGACAUCAAGAAACUUGAUAUUAUUUUCAAGAAUUGCAUGUAUCCACUCUUG